AUGCUUGACUUUAGUGAAUGUUUAAAUACUUGUGAUCCUCUACAUGCUCCUAAAGUUGGUUUAGACUUCACUUGGUCAAAUUGUCAUCAUGGGAGUAAAAGAAUAUUAUGCACAUUGGACAGAGCUGUGUUUAAUAUGGGAUGGUUAAGAUUAUAUAGUGAUUGGGGUUACAAAGUUGGUGCUAGGGUUGUCUCAGAUCACUCUCCUUUAAUUGGGGGGUGUGUGAACAUUCCUAAACCUACUAAUGUUCCUCUCAGAUUCCAAAAAAUGUGGUUAGAGCACACUGGUUUCAUGAAAGUUGUUGAAGACAGUUGGGCUGAGACAGUAAAUGGAGAUCCUGCUUUUAUACUUUUGCAUAAACUGAAGAGAUUAAAAAUAAUAUUGAAAGAAUGUAACUGGAAUACUUUUGGUAAUGUUCAUGUCAAGAUUAAGGAAGCAGAAAAGUUAGUUCAAGAAAAAAUGGUAAUUUCAGAUUCCAAUCCUCAUGAUGAACAAGCUUUAACUGAAUUGGUAUUGGCUCAGAAUGAUCUAAACUCAAAAGAAGUUCAACAUUGCAUUGUGAUGAAACAAAAGUCAAGAAUUAAAUGGGUUACAGAGGGCUCAUCUAACACCAACUUCUUCCAUACAAAUGUUAAAAUUAGACAAACUAGAAAUAUGAUUUGUGAACUUGAGGAUGUGGAUGGCAAUAUGGUAGCUGAUCAGGAUAAAAUAACAGAUAUUUUGGUUAAUUUCUUUCACCACAAGUUUCAGUAUAAAGAAGUAACCAUAAAUGAUUCCUUGUUGGAUGUUAUUCCUAAGUUAAUAACAGAUCAAGAUCAAGUCAUGAUAGAAUCUAUACCCGAGUUAGAAGAAAUUAAACAUGUAGUUUUCAGUAUGAAUGCAGAUGGAGCCCCUGGACCAGACAACUUCUCAGCUUGGUGUGAGUGGUUAAGAACGUUGUUUGCAUCUGCUAAAAUUUCUGUCAUGAUAAAUGGGGGACCUCAAGAUUUUUUCUCAAUGGAUAGGGGCUUAAAACAGGGUGAUUGUCUCCCAUUCUAUGAUGUAUGCAUCUUCAGUAAUGGCUCAAAGAAAAUUUUAGAGGCUCUUAUUACUCUUCUCAAGAGUUAUCAGGACAACUCUGGUCAGAUAGUCAAUAAACAGAAAAGCAAAUGUUUUGUGGAUGGUUGUACUCCAUCAAGAAGAAACCAAAUUUCAAGCUUAAUGCAAAUGGAGCUUACAUCAUUCCCUGACAAAUAUUUAGGUGUAAUACUGAAGCCUGGGAGAGUUAAGUCUGCUAUUGUGUGGCCAAUGGUGGAGAUGAUGCAAAGUUAUUUAGCUGCUUGGAAGGUUAGGAAGUAUGUGACUCUUGGUUGGAGCAAAGUUUGUGCACCAUUCAAUGAAGGAGGCCUGAGAAUUAGAAGAUUGGAAGUAAUCAAUAAAGAUUUAUUAAUGAAAAUGAUGUGGAAAUUUAUAAACUCAAGUGAUUAUUCCUCAAGUUUUUUUGCUUCUAAGUAUAAGGAUAAAUAUGGUCAAUGGAGUAAUCAAUGGAAAUUAUCCACAGUAUGGCCAGGUUUGAAGUGGGCUUGGAAGGAGUUGAAAUCAAAUCUGAGAUGUAAUGUAGGUAAUGGUGAAAAAAUAUCAUUGUGGUUAGAUACUUGGGUAGGUGAUAAUCCCUUGAUUGAAACUAUGAGCUGCAUUGACACAAUAAAAGAUAAAUUGCAUAUGACCGUGGGUGAUAUUCUGGAAAAUGGUGAAUGGAGAAUUCCAUGUGAUUUACAAGAUUUCAUUCCAGCAUCAUUACCAACAAUAAAUGGAGAGCAAGACAAACUUAUAUGGAGUGGAGACAUGAAAGAAUCAAGACAUUAUGGAGCAUCUCCUGUAGUCCUGCAGUUUCAGCAAAAGCAUAUGGCAAUGUGUAGUAAGAUAAUCAUCAGAUCUCACUCUCUAACAGUAAUAGAAGAUGCCAAAAAGGGUGUGAUGCCUUGGUGCUUACAAUCAAGAUGGAUGAGAGCCAAGAAGGAGAUUUCUGAGAUUAUCUAUGAGCAAUGUUAUAAAGAAAUCAAUUUCUCUGCAAUUGAGCUUGCUAAACAAGAUUCAAAGUUGCCUCAGGGUGUUGUGGUAGUUAAUAAAGGGAAGCCUUCAUCUCUAGCUCAAGUUGAAUUACCAGGUAGAAAAUACUGUAGAUUCUGUUAG